CAAAAUGGCACGUAAUUUGUUGGUAGUAUUUCUCGUCGCUUGCCUGAAUUUGGCCUUAGGCAGCCCUGCAAUUGAUGGAAGAAUUGCUGGUGGCUACGAAGCCCGUGAUGGCCAGUUCCCCUACCAAACUGCUAUUUACAUCGAUUCUUCUGAAGCAGUUGAACGUGAAACAGACGCAUUUUGCAGUGUUUCUCUCAUUUCUGAAAACUACAUACUCACCUCGGCUAAGCUAUGUAAGUACCACAUAGGUAUUGUUAUUCCAAAGAAUUAA